CGCGGGACUCGGGCGGGCGCUGCGCUCUCGUUGCUCUUGACUGAGUCCCUGUAGACAUUUUACUGACAGGACGGAAAAAAACAUGAGAAAGUUGAGGAGCGCUUUGUGAAGAAGUUGAAGACCGCACUCGAACCCGCGCGAGCUGCCCUGCCCACCCCGGCCGUGUAGCCUUCAUCUGCGCCACCAUGCCGCUGGUGACGCGCAACAUUGAGCCACGGCACCUGUGCCGCCAGACCCUCCCCAACAACAUCAAGAGCGAGCUGGAGUGCGUGACCAACAUCACCUUGGCCAACAUCAUCCGCCAGCUGGGCGGUCUGAGCAGGUACGCUGAGGAUGUCUUCGGGGAGCUCUUCGUCCAGGCCAGCACCUUUGCCCUGCGGGUCAGCACCCUGGGGGAGAGGGUUGACCGCCUGCAGGUUAAAGUCACACAGCUGGACCCCAAAGAGGAGGAAGUCUCUCUCCAGGCCAUCACCCAACGCAAAGCAUUCCGCAGCAAUGUGACGCAGGACCAGCAGCUCUUCAUUCGCCCCUCCCUUCCGGUCCCCGUGCAGGAAACGUACAGCAUCUGUGACCAGCCGCCACCGCUCAACAAGCUCACCAUGUACAGGGAGGAUGGAAAAGAGGCGCUCAAGUUCUAUACGGACCCCUCGUACUUCUUUGACCUGUGGAAGGAGAAGAUGCUGCAGGACACCAAAGACAUCAUGAAAGAGAAGAGGAAGCACAGGAAGGAGAAGCGGGACAACCCGAAUCGCGGCAACCUGAACCCACGCAAGAUCAAGACCCGCAAAGACGAAUGGGAAAGGAUGAAGAUGGGCCAGGAGUUUGUGGUCCCCAAGAGCAAUGCAGGAGGAGAGGGAAACUCGAGCGAGAUGCUGAACGGCAGCAUCGGCUCUGGAGACGGCCUGACCAUGUACGGUUCGGACGGCUAUCUGGACCAAAGCCGUGGCUCUCAGUCCUUCGACCUAAGUUCACCGCUGCCGCCUCCUGAUGACUUCUUACCCCCUCCGCCCCCGGACAUGACGAACAGUGAGGGGCCGUACGUCGCCAAGAUGAGCCCAACCCAUCCACCCCCUGCUCCGCCCAUGAGCCCUUCAGGCCCUGGGUCCCGCCAAAGCCUGGUGCCCCCCCCAGCCCCUCCACCUCCUCCUCCAACAAACAUGGUGGUCCCUCCCCCCGCCCCAGAGUUUGACAUCCCAGUUCCCCCUUCUGGCCUCGUGUCCAACUCUUUCCCUUCGCCCCCAACAUCGCCUUCCCCUCCCUCCAUGGGUCCACCAGCUCCUCCUCCUCCUUUUUCCGCACCCCCAGCAGGGCCUCCUCCGCCGCCGCCUCCUCCUCCUCCUCCAGGACCCCCACCUUUCUCUUCAGGCCCACCAGCUCCGCCGCUGCCUUCUGGUGGGGGGGUGUCUGCUGCAGCGCCUAAAGCACAGCCGGCCCCGGUGGCCGACGCACGCAGCGACCUGCUGCAGGCCAUCCGCCAAGGGUUCAACCUGCGAAAGGUGGAGGAGCAGAAGGAGCAGGAGAAGCGGGACCGUAUGGGUGACGACGUAGCUGCCAUCUUAUCCCGCCGCAUCGCCGUUGAGUGCAGCGACUCUGAGGACGACUCCUCCGAGUUUGACGAUGAGGAGUGGUCCGACUGAGGGCUUCCUCCUCCUGGUCACUGUAGCCUUCAGCCAUUACUCUGAGCCUCCGGGCGGCUCUCCUUUUCUACUGGCCAUCCCCACAGAAACCCGGCAGCUCCCAGCGUGCAGGGUAAUGGAGGCUAACGCUAGUCGAAGGUUGCAGUGCUUGGAAGUACUACGGUAUUACAGCUGGUAACAUGUUUGAACAGACAUCCUUGUGUGUGUGACGCACCUGCGUGUGUGUGUGUGUACGUGGCUUUCCCUAACCCUGCUGUCAGUGUGGUGUUGCAUUCUGGGUAUCUGUUGCAGGGGUUGCGUAAUGCGAGCACUUGAUCUUGCUCCUCCCCCCAGUCUGGAGCUCUUAGCUGAGCUCCCGUUACACCAACAUGUUACAUGAAGUAUUCAUGGCCUCUACUCAGCACUGCAGCAGCUCACACACUGGGGAGGGAAGGUGUGUGUGUGUGUGUGUGUGUGUGUGUGUGUGUGUGUGUGUGUGUGUGUGUGUGUGUGUGUGUGUGUGUGUGUGUGUGUGUGUGUGUGUGUGUGUAUUUCCAGUCCUACCACUGCCGGCUUCUGCUCAAUCCUCUGCAGACCAUGGCGAGUGUGUGACCUGGGGUGUCCAGCACCUCCCUGUUCGACCCCCAGGCUUUUUUUUUUUUUUUUUUUUUUUUUCUUUUUAAAUUUACUUCCAUAUUCAUGAAAUCAGUUUGUUGUCAUAAUCAAUUUAAAGCUGCACUAUAAUCACAGGUAAAUAUUCUUGGUUCUCCAGGAUGCAUGAUGCCAUUUGCACCCAAGGUCCUGUCACUGUUGCUCUGGGAAUCCAAGCUGUUGCUCGUAUGGCUCAGCUGAUUGUGGUGGGGUGGGGUGGGUUGGGGUGCAUCAUGUGAUGCUGAGGUGCAAGAAUGCGGUGCUCUGGCUUUAUAGGAGGGCCCUGUGCUGCCAGCUCACCAUCGUCCGUGUUUGGUGUUUUGGGAUCAUAUCAGUGCACAUUCCUCUUGGUGCAGCUCGAGAUCAGAGUUCCGCAUCACUGCCACUUCCUCUUCCUUCAUGUUCUUCUUCUUCAGUGUGUUCAGUGUUCCAGUGCUCAGGCAGGCUGAGAGGGAGGCAGGCGAGCAUAGUGUAUUAUGGGAAGUAAAGAGGAGGAGGGUUUUUUUCUUCCGCCCCCCCGCCUCAGUACAGAGAUGGGUACAUGAGAAGUUGAGGGUUUUUUUUUUUUUUAUAAGUGUGGGGGAGGGGGACCCCAGCAGCCAGAUGCUGGAGACUCACUUCCUGUCUGGCCAGAGACCCAGAGGAAAAGCCCAAUGAACACACUGAUACAGUUAAAGAAGCACAAGUGCUCCAUCCUAGAGAAAAUGGGCUGUGCUUUGUUGCCAUGGUAACGGGAACAACAGGGUUGGUGGGAGGGGUGUGAGUGGCACCUCUGCACACCUUGAUGCCCUCUGCGUCAUGCUGAAGCACCACCAAACACCUAAAGAAGUGAGUGGCAGCAGAUGAAUCCUCAAGGUCAGUGCCACUCAUGACCCGCCCAUGUCACAGAAAACUAGCAGUGGGUGCUGUUUGAGGCUCCUCCCUCACAGAGUCUCUUUGAUACCUACGUUCUCUGCAUCUGCUGAUUAUGUUGCAAGUGCCUUGAUUGUAAAUGCCAAAAUCAUUUAUUUACGUAUAGAAGAUAUGCAAAAAGUAUGAUUAGGUGGUGUACUGUGUUAGUGUUGCUUGCUGUGAGUCUAAUCUUGUGUAGAAGUAUGGCCAUGAUUUCAUAAAUAAAAUUGUUGUACCAAU